AUGCCUCUCGCAACCCCUCGAACACUGCUUGGGCUCUUAGUAGUCUGCACAACUCUACUCGGUCUAAUUGAUCCAGCAUCUGCAACACCAAGACCUAAAACCCACAAAGUCCGCAGCGGAGAGUCAAUUCAGGCUGCACUCAACUCCGCCAGUCGAGGUGACCGCAUCGUGGUCGAAUCCGGCACUUAUGCAGAGCAAUUGAACAUCACAACCGACGAGAUCUCGCUAGUCGGCCGCAACGCCAUCCUCAUUCCUCCUCCUACUCCACUACACAACCUGUGCUCUGGUCUAGCGGGCAAGCUUCCACCGAACAAUGUCAUUGAAACGCAAGCGGGCAUUUGUAUCCAUGGUAGCAACGUCCAAUUGAAUGCUUUUGAGAGAGAACACCGGAAAGUAGCUUCGGUCGGACAAUACGUCAAAGGCGUUUCGGUUACCGGCUUCACGAUUCGUGGAUUUUUGGGUCUUAACAUCGCAAUUGUUGGUGGUGAAGAUACCACGAUCAGCGACAACACCCUUACAGAUGGAGCGUUCUACGGCGCGUUGACUGUUGGUUCGAAGAACAGUCUCAUCGAUCAUAAUACCGUCAAUUCGAGUCCGCCAACUCCGACGAAUACCUUCCUGCCCUUCAUCGGCGUCUGCAUGGACGAUAUCAGCACAGUUAACAUCAAACGAAACAGCAUCUCAGGAUACCUAAUUGGUCUUUGCGUACAAACCCCAGGCGCCAACAUUCACGACAACAAAGUCGAAAACUGCUGUAUCGGCGCAUUCGUCGACCCAGGAAUCGUCGGCGCCAAGCUCCGCGACAAUGUAUUCAAGAACACAAACCCCCGAUGUUUAGAUCCAGCAAAGAGCGGAUCCUUCCUCAUCUACGGUAUUUACAUCGCAGGUGCAAGCGAGACCAUCGUCAAGGACAACAAGAUCACUGGCAUCACGUCGGGCGAAAAUCAAAACUUAGGAGGAGCAGGAUUGGUCGUCAACGAUGACUUUCCAAUUGAGUUUGGCGGGACAGCCAAAGUGGGGUCGGGGAAUCGUGUGACGGAUAAUAAGGUCAAGAGGAAUGACCUCGAUGUUUAUGUAGGAGCGACUGGGCAGGGGAAUGUGGUGAAGGAUAAUCGUUGUGAUACUUCGAUUCCUGCCAAUAUCUGUGUCAAAGGAGACUAA